UGCUACGUACGGUUAUUUCAUUAUUUCGCCGAUGCAGCGAUCCAAAGCAGUUUGACUGAGAGCUACGGGAAUAUCGGAUCUGCCCCAUGGGGCGCUUUCAGCAGGAGUGGGGAUCCGGAUCGGGAGGGGGGCCGGCGUGACUGACACCGUGACUGACACCGCAGACUCACGGCCAGACAGGUGCACUGCGCAGUGCCGCACACUGAUAACAGGGCAUUUACACCGCGUCAUAAAACCGGCCAGCUUCUGCAUUUCAUAAAUACUGAAUCAUAAAUAUUAUCAUAUUACUAAUUUGGUCUCAAGACCUCCGUCUAUAUGAAUGUAUGGUUUUAAAUACUAGAUAAGUGUAACGGGCUGCAUUCCUUAGGGCUUUUAUAUUAAAAAGAAAGCUUGUCAGCCUGUUCGUCUAACAGUAACCUUCUGUGCAAUAAAAAGUAAUGCGCGAGUUAGCUGUUUAACAUCAGUUUUAAUGAACGUAAGUAUUGUGUGUUCUAUUGUUUGAACAUACGAUUUGAAAGCUACUUGAAGUUAAUUGCUUGUCCACUUCUCCAGUGGUUUAUGCAUUAUUACAAUCAGGAUCGUACGGUAAUAAUUAAAUGCUUAAUGCUGUUCUUUCUUCGUGUGAAUGUCACGGGUUUCUCAGCCGAUUAACAGUGGGUCAUAAAAGGCGGUUCAGAAAGCGGACUAUUAGCGGACUAAUUGUAGUGUAAAUUUAUAAUGACAAAUUAUCUGGAAACUUAAACAGGCAGAUGGGCAUUAACUUACCCUGGCAUUAUGUUUAUAAACCUGUUUCAAUAUUGUUAAACAUUCUAUUCCUAUUAUAUCUACUUUGGAAAAAUAUUGUUUAACUUUAAAUGAAGAAUAUAAAUAUAUAUUCAGGUUGGGGAAAAAAAAGUUUAGACUGCGGGCUGAACACGGAGCGUUUUGCGGCGCGGCGGUGCACGGAGUAUGGGGCAUCAAAGCGGCAUCGGAUCGAAGCCGGAGAGGGGCAGGUCCUCCUCCUGCGGCUCCUCCUCGAGCUGCACGCCCCCCUCCCCCGGUUCAAAGCGCUGUCCAACACGUGAGGCUCAUGUGACGAAGGCAGGCCAGUUCCUGAGCCAGGGACGUGUCUACAGUCACAGGCUUUAUUUAAUACGUAGCGUCGUCCUCCCACACUCGUGCAUUUAACGAAGGCUGCAGCUUCAAAACUACCGCCGAUUACGCUCGGAUAGCAAAUUGACAACAUCACUGCCGCCACCAUUAUCAUCAGCUGCAUUCAAUUAUAAGCAAAAAAAGUAAAAAGCGCAGAAGAUCACUGAAUCAAAUAUCGACGCAUUUGCGGUGAUAUCUGAAAUAUCUACAGUUUAGGACAAGAAUAUCAUAUUUCUCACGGUUCCAUGCGGAUAAGCUUAAAUACGCAGUGAAGUCAGCUGUUUAGCUUUAUUCUGAUUUCGCUUUUAAAAAGUAAGCGAGAUGGAAAGGAUUACAAGCGCACAGCCGCCUCCAUGUGUAGCAAAACACCCUCCGAUGGAAAUGAGUGACAUGCAAGGAUUGGAUUUCCCCAUGUACGUAUAUAAACCCAGGAGGGGAGUCAAACGCGGAGAAGACAGCAAGGGAACGUACAAGCUACCACAUCGGUUAAUUGAGAAGAAAAGGCGGGACCGAAUAAAUGAGUGUAUCGCUCAGCUGAAGGAUUUACUGCCUGAGCAUCUUAAACUUACAACUCUGGGCCACUUGGAGAAGGCAGUGGUCUUGGAGCUGACGCUGAAGCAUGUGAAAGCCCUCACCAGUCUCCUAGAGCAGCAGCAGCAGAAAAUCAUCGCGCUGCAGAAUGGCACGCAAAUGGGUGAGCCAUCUCCUCCACCACCUGACAACAGCGAGGAGAUGUUCAGGUCUGGAUUCCACAUGUGUGCCAGGGAAGUGCUGCAGUACCUGGCUAAGCAGGGGGAGGGCGGCGACAUGUCCCCCUCACACGUGAUCGGCCACCUGCACAAGGUGGCCUCCGAGCUGCUGCAGAGCCCUCACGUGGAGGAGCCCGAGCGAAAGGCACAGGAGCACAGGGCCAAGGCGGGCGGGCCGCAAGCCAAGGGCUCCGAGGGACACGGCAGGAACUGCGUGCCCGUUAUCCAGAGGACAUAUCCCCACGGCGAACAGAGCGGGAGCGACACGGACACGGACAGUGGCUAUGGGGGCGAGCCGGACAAACGGGAUUGUAAGGCGCCGUACACCAAGGACAGUGAGCUGAAGUACACGCUGGCUGACCGGGCGGCGACCGGCAUCAAACUGGAGAGCGAGGAGCCCCAGCUCAAGCGGCAGAGGAGGGAGUCUUCAGAGGACGAGGCCCUUCCAAGCGGAGAGGCAAUGGCCGACCAUGGAGGCUUCCUGGGCUUCUCCCCCCCUCAGCCCCGACUCUGCAUGCCCUUCUACCUCCUCCCACCCACGGCGGCCGCCUACCUGCCCAUGCUGGAGAAAUGCUGGUACCCAGGAGGCAUGCCGGUCUUGUACCCAGGAGUCAAUGGUGGCGGCGUACCUAUGUCCCCAGAUAAGCACCACUCGCCACUUGGGCUGUCCCCCCAGACCCCCAUGGACUCGCCGGCGCUGUUUCACGCGUUGAAGCACGUGCCGCCAUUGAACCUGGAAACCAAAGACUGAGACGGACCGGCUGAAUGUUGCCGCCAUUGAGUAGAGGGACAGCCCAUGGGGUGAACUGUAGGAACGAAGGAAGGAAGUAGCGAUUUGGGGAAGAAGAGAGAAAAAAAUGUACGCCUCUACUCAACGGCGGCCCUGCUUACCCUUCACCACACUAGAGACUGAGUGACUUGGCCCACCUUCCUGGGAGCCAACACUCGAGAGGGUCUUCCUUUGUGGAUGUCUAGUAGUAGAUUUUCUGUAGCCCCAAGAGACACUAAGAAGGUGGUCAACAUAAGGACACAGUAGCUGUGAAUGAGAGUGUGGGGUGGGGGGGGUUCCUAUACGUGUGUUAAAUGUCAAUGCAAAGUCAUGAAUGUGACGGUCAUACUUCAGCUGAAUGUAAUUGUGAUGAACCCUGCAGAUGCUGCUUCUGAAGGUCCCCACCCCGCUUCUGAAUCAGAAAGCAUUUCCAUCCUGCCAAAUGGUUUUCACCAAAUAAUUAAGGAAGCUGCUCAAAACUUCAGCCAUGACCUAGAUUCAGAUCCAGUGUUAGAACAACGAAAAGUACAAAGAAGUGGCCUGGCUCCCACCUCACCCGUCCGCCCCGCUUUCUCCAAAUCUGGUUGUAUCUUAGCCCUGUGACUGGAUUGCAUUAUCUUUCCACAGGCUGGCAGUGUUCUUCCAGAAUGAACAGUAGUUUAGUUGCUUCUUGUUUUGUUUGUAUCACAUAUCUAUUUUUGAUACAUGACCUGCAAAGUCUAUAUUACACCUUUGGUCGGGGAGGGGAGAGUUGACCAGUCAUUCAGUGUAUGCCAACAGAUUGUGUACAUAGUACUACGCUAAUCUAAUAUACAUUAUUUUCAGAUUUACUUUUCGGUUGGCGAAAAGCCCAUCUUUUGAUCUUGCUGUUGCCUUCACUUGUUAAAGCUGAUAAACCUGUAACUGAUGUUUCAGUGUAUUUGUAUCAUUUCUGGAGUCUAAAGUCAAGAGAGAUAUGUGAAUGUAAUGUAUUAAAAAAGAGAAUAUUAGUUUUGUAUCGCAAGUGGUACUUGGAAUUUUAUAUUUUGGGACAUAUGCGAAUGUCGCCUGAUGUAUAUAUUUAGUCUAUAAAUGUUGAUAUACAUUAAACAAGUGAAUUAAUAAAGUUUUUUUCCCCUGUG